CCAGUUUGAGCCAUUGAACUCGGAAAAACCAACUUGUAGCCGAGUCACCAUUACUUUCCAAAUCAAUACUCCCUUUGCUCCAAACAAUUCUUUUCUCUCUCUGCUCUCUCUUUUCUGCUGUUCUCUUCGCUGCGGACGGGAUCGGCUCAAACGUCUUAAGCACGAGCAGAGGCGAAUAGCAAACUAGCGGCUUCUCCUUAUAUAGAGCUCCUCCAAUACUCCGGCGACAUUUCCGUACGAUUUCCGGCGAUAGUCCUAUUAUCCGUCGGAGAUCUUGAGAAUUAAUUUGUUUUCUGUUUUUAGUGGUUAGUGGAGAGAUCUCGUCUCUUUGAUGGCUCCGGUUUCUGCCCUCGCGAAAUAUAAACUGGUGUUCUUGGGAGAUCAAUCUGUUGGGAAGACCAGCAUCAUUACUCGCUUCAUGUACGAUAAAUUCGACAAUACUUAUCAGGCUACAAUUGGUAUUGAUUUUCUAUCAAAGACAAUGUACCUCGAAGAUCGAACAGUUCGGCUGCAGCUAUGGGAUACAGCUGGACAGGAAAGAUUCAGGAGUCUCAUCCCAAGCUACAUCAGGGAUUCCUCCGUUGCAGUCAUUGUAUAUGAUGUUGCAAGUCGGCAAUCCUUUCUAAAUACUGCAAAGUGGAUUGAAGAGGUUCGCACUGAGCGGGGUAGUGAUGUAAUUAUUGUUCUUGUUGGCAACAAAACAGAUCUUGUUGACAAAAG